UCUGGGAUCUUUUGAAGGUAGAUGAUUCUGUGGAUCCUGCAAGCAUGGAGAGCUGGAGAUCUCUCCGGUUUGUGGCCAAUAUGAGCGAUCUGGUGAAAGCUGCACCCCAGGGUUGCGAUAAUGGGGCUCUCAUGGAUCGUUUUGGGGUCCUCAUCCAAGCUGUAUUAGCUGUGGUGGCGUUCAGCACUCUAAUGUUGAAACGUUUCAAGGAGCCAAAGGAUCAACGACGUCCAUGGAGGAUAUGGUUUUAUGAUACUUCAAAGCAAGCUAUUGGUGCUUUGUUCAUUCAUUUCACGAAUGUCUUUCUCUCUGACCUGACCGAAGAAGACCCCUGCUCUCUGUACCUAAUGAAUUUUCUCCUGGAUGCCACCCUUGGAAUGCUAGUAAUCUGGAUAAGCGUGAAAAUUGUUACAACCAUAGUGGAACAACGGCAGUACACAAUAUUGAUAUUUGGUGAAUAUGGGGACCCUCCUCAGGCCGCUGCUUGGCUUGGACAGUGCGGGCUUUAUCUUUUAAUAAUGGUUGUAGAGAAGACCAUAAUAAGCCUUGUUUUGCUCAUUCCUGGCUGGACAAAGCUUCAGGAAAGUCUGCUGGACUACAUUCCAGAUCCUCAGCUCGAGCUUGUUCUGGUGAUGCUGGUGGUACCUUUUAUAGUCAACGCUAUAAUGUUCUGGGUGGUGGACAGUUUAAUAAUGAGAAAGUACAAAAGAGUGAACACUAGUGAUUGUGUGAAAAGUGACUUGGUUACAGAGAGAUGUCCCUCUGCAAAGGAUGAGGAAAAGCAGGUUUUGCUUGGAUCAGAGUCUUGUUAAAAGAUUAGAUCUGUAGUGCGCCGGUCUGCGUUAUCACGACAGCCUGGAAGACGUAAAACAAAAAUAUGCUGCAAUGUGUCAUUUAUUAAAUGUUUCAUGACUUAAUUAGUA